AGCAACACGUUGAUAGAAAUGCAUUAGCUGACGCUGCUUUUGCGGUGAUUAUGCAUCUAAUUUCUGCAGCACUCACUUGUUGGUUGGGGAUAUUUUAAUAACAACUGAUGAUUCAUAAACUACUCAGAAAAACUUUCCCGAGACAUAGAGGUAGCCGUUAAAAAUUACUACUAGUGCGUGAAAUCGUUGUAUUACAUAUAAAUGGAGACUUCAGCCGAACAAGCUGAAGAAAUCGAAGCAUUAACAGCGAUUUAUGAUCAAGAUUUCAUUGUUAUUGACAAAGCUAACAGUAUCUACGAAAUCCGUAUCUGCCACGAAAGUGAUUCGUGGUGGUCUGCCACUCUGCAAGUCCUCCUACCGCCUCAAUACCCACAACGGGUUCCCCCUGUAUUCGAAAUUCAUUCUGCCUGGAUGAGUGAUGCCGACAUGUUUGAAGCCACGGACUUGUUGUACACCAUUUACCGUGAACAUCAGGGUGAGAUUGUAAUUUAUCAGUGGGUAGAGGCAUUGAGGACAUUCAUAAAUUCCAAAUUCCAUGGUCAAGAACCAACUGAUGCCGAGGGAUCGAGAAGUGAUGUUUCUCUUAAAUGCGAGAGCAUCAAGUUAUCAGAAACGAUUGAAGAUGGUGAUUCUGAGAAGUAUCAGUCAGCAAAUGUCAGUUGCAAUGAUGAGGAUUCUUUGAAGUUAGUCAGGAGGGAGAGAUCAGACCUGUGCCCAGAGAUAAGACAUGGAGAUCCCUUCACAGACAGGAAAAGUACUUUUCAAGCACAUCUAGCUCAUGUAAUAACAUUAGAUCAAGUUUCAGGAGUUCUGGAAGAGUUAAAGAAAAACCGGAAAGUAAACAAUGCAACUCACAAUGUUGUGGCAUAUAGAAUAUUUUGUGAGGACCGAAACAGUUUUCUUCAAGACUGUGAUGAUGAUGGUGAGGCAGCGGCAGGCUCAAGACUUUUACAUCUGUUACAAAUAUUAAAUGUCAGAGAUGUUGUUGUUGUGGUAACCCGUUGGUAUGGUGGGAUUCUCUUGGGGCCUGACAGAUUUAAGCAUUAUAACAACUGUGCAAGGGGCUUAAUGAAAGCAGCAGGUCUUGUAGAUAUCAGCCCAGAGUUUAAAGAUUCAAAACCCAAAAGUAGAUUUAAACCUGGGAAAAAACAAUAAUGAUUUUGAUCCCAUAGCUGUUUGUUGGAUCAAUUUUAAAGAAUUGAGUAAAUUGUUGUUUAUAGAUAAAGAAAAUUUUCGCUUACUUCCACUUGUCUUUUGUAUGUCUCAGUUACAUAGACAGGUACAAAAAUUUCAUUUGUACCCACUUUUUAAAUAAAGAAAUUGCUAAGAUGAACACAUACACACAUAACUCAAACUUAAGAUGAAAUUGGAUGUUUUGUCAAUUCUUCAUCCACCUUGUGUCUUUAAAAACUGACUGAAAAACAGUGUUGUUGCUCAAAAAGAGAACAUGGCAUCAUUUUUCAGUCAAUGGAUGAGGUUAACAAGUAAGAUGGUCUUUAGCUCUUGAAUGAGUAUGAUGACCUCUAUUUUUUGUUGCAUAAUUUAAAUUGGAGAAAUUAUAGAAAAAUUGUCAGAGGAAAAUGGAUAUGACUCAAAGCAUGCACUAACCCCUUUACUUAAAGAUGCAAAUUAUAACCUUGAAAGCAACAACCGAAGGAGUGUUUUGUGUCAACGUCACAUAAACUUGCAAUUCUUUUCCUCCACCAUUUAUAUUUCAUGGUUUCAUGGACUCAAAGACUUCCUACCAAUCAAAGGUUUUUUCAAAUUUCACUUUUAAGAUCCUUGCUUUCAGCUUGUACAAAUGUGAUGUGAACUGAUGAAAUGACAUACAUUUCAUUAACCUGAAUGGAGGCACUAGAAGUCACUUGACUCUUGUUGAUAACUUCGGCUAGGUAUUCCAAUAACUAUUUUUUAUUACACGACUCAGGCAGUCAGAGGGCCAAUAACUAAAAUCAACCAA